AUGAUGAUGAUGAUCAUCUGUUUUGGCUUUCAGGUUUUCUCCCUUCUGGGUGUUCAUCAUCGCCCUUUUUCAGAUAGCUUCCAUCUUUGUUUUCGAAUAAAAAUACCCGAAAAAAUGGGGUUAUUUAGAAAUAAGAAGAACCAAAUUUAUGACUCUUCCUCCGUUGACAUGGAAAGCUCCCCUCCUAAACCCACGCCCAAGAGGAUUUAUCAAGCUUGGCAAGGGAAUAAUAAAUUUUGUUGUGGUGGUAGAGUGUUGAUGGGCCCCGAUGCAUCUUCACUCUUCUUAACUUCGUUUCUAAUUGGAGGCCCUUCAUUGGCAUUCUGCAUAAAAAUGUUGGUGACUAUGAAGGCCAAUGAUUCUUUCCACUUCCACAUAAUGAUCGGGGGAUUCGUCCUCCUUGUUUUGGAUUUUAGUUUCCUGUUCCUGACAAGUAGUGGAGAUCCUGGAAUAAUACCCAGGAAUUCAAAACCACCCGAACCAGCGUUGGAUGGGGCUAAACCAUGGGACUGGGCCAACAACAAACCGAACCUCAAAAUCCCAAAGCUGAAGGAUGUGUUGUUGAAGAAUGGUGAAACGGUUAAAGUCAAGUUUUGUGAAACAUGCCUGCUGUAUCGUACUCCUCGAGCAUCCCAUUGCUCUAUUUGCAACAACUGUGUGCAGAAGUUCGAUCACCAUUGUCCAUGGGUGGGUCAAUGCAUUGGACUUCGCAACUACCCUUUCUUCAUUUGUUUUAUAUCAUCUUCCACUACAUUGUGUAUAUAUGUGUUCUCGUGUUCGUGGAUCAACAUUCUCCGACAACCGCGGGGCCUGUGGAGUGCCAUGUCUGGUGAUAUACUAUCUGUGGUGCUCAUCAUCUAUUGCUUCCUAGCCAUCUGGUUUGUUGGAGGCCUAACAGUUUUCCAUUUCUAUCUCAUUUGGACUAACCAGACAACCUAUGAAAGCUUUCGUUACCGAUACGAAAAAAAGAAUAAUCCCUUUAAUAAAGGUGCACUAAGGAACUCCACAGAAGUUUUAUUUACAAGGAUUCCACCAUCACAGCUCAAGUUGAGGGCAUGGGUCACAGAAGAUGACAAUCUUGCAAUCAAGGACAACAAAUUAGACAUGGAAAUGGGUGCUAAACACAACAUGGAUGGUGUUAAAUAUCCAGCUCAUUGGCAGAAGUUCAACUAUGAUAGUUUUGAUAAUAAUUUAAAGGCCAAGGGCUGAGACUUGGAUGCACUUUAAUCCU